AAAUUACCGACUUCAUUCAGAAAAUUUUGCAGAACAUAAACGCGCGACUUGUGUUACAGCUUUGCCACAACUUAAAAACGCACUCCAACCACUCAUCAUUAAACUCCUAACUUCACAUACAUUUCCUCUCUCUACUAUUUAACACACAAAAUCAAGCAAUCUCUACUAAGUUGAAACAAAAAUCUCCAGUUGCUCGUUCACAUUUUUCUGCUCGAACUCUGAUCACCACCACAUCCCAGAAAAACCCUUUGAUCUGAGUCGGGCCUUCGGCAGGUUCGAUGUCAGCUUCAUGCGCUUCUUUACCGAAUUCAUUGAAGUUGGAGCUUUUAGGCAGUAGAAGUUCUUCAAGACUUCAUCCUCACAGAAGCAGAUGCGGAUUGAGUCGGAGAGAUUUUGCGCUUAAAGGAAUUGUCGUCGCUGGAGCUUCUGUAAUGGCGGCCACAGUUGUUGCAGAACCUUCGAAAGCGCAAGGCAUAAAAUUGCCGUUUAAAUCAGAGGGCUACAAUUACUGGACAUGGAGAGAUAGAAAGAUACAUUAUGUGGUUGAAGGGGAGGGGUUCCCCAUUAUUCUAAUUCAUGGGUUUGGUGCUUCUGCAUUUCAUUGGAGUCUAGGAGGAUUUACUGCUUUGGUGGCGGCAGCAUUGCUGCAGGAUCAAGUGAAGGGGGUCGUAUUGCUAAACAGCGCUGGACAGUUUGGUGAUGCCAUCAAUGCACAGCCAGAGGCAGAACAAAAUGCCUUGCAAAAAUUCGUUCUCAAUCCACUGAAGGAGGUUUUUCAACGUGUGGCUCUUGGGUUUUUGUUCUGGCAAGCCAAGCAACCAGCACGCAUAGAGUCCGUGUUGAAAAGUGUAUAUGUUAAUGCUACAAAUGUGGAUGACUAUCUCAUUAAUUCAAUUACAAGGCCUGCAGAUGACCCAAAUGCUGGGGAAGUUUAUUACAGACUAAUGACGCGAUUCAUGUCAAAUCAAAGGAAGUACACACUGGACAGCGUGUUGAGCCAGCUAUCUUGCCCGUUGCUAUUGGUGUGGGGUGACUUGGAUCCUUGGGUUGGUCCUUCUAAAGCUCUUAGGAUCAAAGAAUUCUAUCCAAACACUUGUUUAGUUAACUUACAGGCUGGACACUGCCCACAUGAUGAAGUCCCGGAGCUCGUGAACGAGGCCCUUUUGGAUUGGCUCUCGACAAUAACACACGCACCUUCUCUUCCAGCUUUAUGAGUAGCAAACUAAUACUCAAAUUCGUUUCAGUAUUACUUUGCAAGAUUAAUGAGGUCCCUAUGAGCUAAAAGAUGACUUACUGGAGCUUCGAAAAUUCGGGUCACUUUAAGCUGGAAGAGAACUAUUGAUUGUUGUUUGCAGGCAGAAAGAUUUCAGUGGUUGAAGAACUACCGGUCUCAGUUUGUAACGUACAUAGGUAGUAGAGAUAUCAAGCUGCUCAAUGUGAUUCAACAUAGUCUCAAGGGUUUAUGAAACUUUGAUUGUAUAAAGUGAAGCGUGGUGUCUUACAUGAUUAUUUAUCUCACUAUUGUUAUUGUUUUUAGUUUGUGGUAUGCUGGGUCAUUUCCGUCAGUUUUUUUA